UAUAUAUGGUUAUGGGUGCCAAUUCUAUCAAUAUCUGAUACAUGAGAUGUAUCAAUAUCUGAUAUCUAAAAGGUGAGAUGUGCUAUCAAUAAAGUCUCUAACCUAGAACAUAAUCUGAUUUUCUUUUUAUGCUUCUCUAGACUUCAAAGCACCAUAGAUGGAAAAAGAUCCAGAAAUUAACAGAUCCACAGUGGGAAGAAACCCUCAGGAUGGCUUGCACUGAAGCUAACCUGACGUGGUGAGUAAAGCCUGUCUUCAGCCAAUUCUACUGAUAAACUCUGUGAAAGUUAGAAAUAAAGUACCUGGUACCCUGUUUUACUUCCUUCACUAUGAUAGCUUUCUCUUUUCUAAGUUAAAUCUCUUACUGUUUUCCUUACUGGUAUUUUAAUGAGACUUCAAUUACAUUGACAUACAAUGUUGCAUCCAGUGUUUCAGAACUCCCUGGGGACUGGACCCAGGACUAUAUACUCUGGUCAAUGGAGCGGAGUCUUCAACAGAUCUUCCGACACCUGGAAAGCACAAGGUCAGGCAUUGUAGUUUCUGGGUGAGGACUGAAGGUGGUAGAGGUUUUAAAAGGGAGGAAGGAGGGAGGGACAGAGUUCAUUUUGUCUGUGGAGGAAGUUCUGGGUUUAAACUGGUUGAAGGGUCAUUUCUGGGUGGAAUGGGAACAGUUUCCUCCCUUUAUCCUGGUAGAGUAAUUCUUUCUAUAAGUAACCGAUGUUGGGGGAAGAAACUUUUUUUUUUUUUUCCCAAUUCUCCUUCAGGCCAAAAAUAUUUUGCAUUUGAAAUGGCCACUUUUUUCCUUUUCCUAUUUCAAUGCAAACGGAAACAUUUCUCUUUAUUUCUUAGAUCAAGGCUUAUGGAACAGGAUUUGCCUGAACCACAGGAUACAAUUUCUUCCUCUACCUCCUCUGUUCUUGUGGCUCAGAAGACUGUUCUACACUGUUGUGACUAUAAGAAAGCAACACAUUCUACUGACCACAGCAUCUCCUUUAGAUCACCAUGCAGUAACUCCAGUCUGUGUCAUCUUCCUGUCUUUUCUGAAGGAACAACUUGGGAAUACCAGAGCCAUAGUUUACCUAUUUCCCACAAAAGGCAGUCAUCCGUAUUCAGGAACCAAGGCACAACCCUGUCUCCUUUUAAGCUAUCAGAGCCCCAGAAAUCAAAACAUUUUCAGAAUUUGACAGAACUUUCACCCUUACAAUCUCAGAGCUCUUUCAUCAACUCUAUUUCCGAGCCUCUAAAUAUCUGCAAACAAAAAAGGAAAAAAAAAGAAGAGAGAAGGAGCAAGAGUCAUUUGACAUCAGAUCAUGAGCCAAAUUCUGUUUCCAAGGAGAGACCACAACUUCCAAGGUGGGCUCCGUUCAAGCUCUCUCCUUCGGUCAGAAGGGAGCUAGAAGGACAUAUGUCUGAGAAGGUUUUCACUUUGCAGCAGCAAACAGUACCUUUACCUGUGAGGAAAUCAUGGGCAAUGCUCAAUUAUUUAACUGAAGUACAAAGAGGAGUUGCUGAAUCAAAUAAACUCCAAACUCGGUUAUCUAUGCCCAUUCAUCAAAACACUGAGCAAAAUAUUAACAAAAAUUCCCCAGACCUUCCAUCAUUUCCGCUUCUUGUGAAUGCUGAAGUGGGAUCUGGAACAAAUAGCACAGAAACAAAACUUUCACAGUCACUUAUUUCAGGCAAGCAGUUACAGCCUGGGGAUGGCCCCCAAAUCCUUGGAUCCAUGCCUUUAGUUACAUCAGUGGGCACUCUACCUCCAAGAAGUUUAGGAGUUAAUGUAAUUCCAGAGGAAACUGCUUUACUGAAGAAAGAGCCAAAACACAUACUAGAGCUUAGUGUAGAGAAGAGGGUCAUAGAUUUUCCAGAAAAAAGGAUACAGCAGCACAAGACACAAGUGACUAAUGUUGAUUUGACACCAAGUCUACCAUAUCAAGUCAAGGACAGCAUAAAGGUAACUCCAUUGGCAUUACUUCGGGUCAUGGAUUCAAUGGGGAUGAUCCCAGGAUCACAUUCAGAAUCCGUGGGUUUGUUCCCACAGCUGCCAAGUCAAGUUGUGAAACCAAUGGAAACUAUGAAAACAAUGACUAUAACCCCCAAACCACCAAAUCAAGUCAUUCAGUCAAUGGAGGCAGCCCCAAGGCCAAAGCACCAAGUUGUGGAAUCAGAGAGGAUGGCCACAAGAUUACUGAAUCAAGUCACAGAUAAUAAGAAAGUAACUCCUAUAGCACUGCUUCAAGUUAUGGAUUCUAUGGGGAUGAUUAACAAGUCACAUCCACAUAUAGAAUCAGUGGGAAUGACUCCAACACCACAUCAUGAAGCCAUAGAGUCAGUGAAGAUGAACACAUUAUUGAACUAUCAAGUCACAAAACCAGAGGAGAUGAAUCCAAGGCCACAAUGUGCAGUUAUGGAAACUGUGGAAAUGAUGCCAGGGCCACAGCAUAAAGUCAUGGAAUCAGUUGGCAUGACCUCAGGAUCACAAAGUCAAGUCAUGGAACAAGGAAAGACUAUUCCAGGGCCAAUAUGUCAAGACACAAAAUCAUCGGAAGUGAUCUCAGCACCAUUACAUCAAGUGGAAAAAUCUAUUGGGUUGACCCAACCAUCUUUAGGAACUACCCCAGGGCCACUGAGCCAAAUUUCAGAAUCUGUGGAGAUGAGCUCAGUGUCAUUCCAAGAUACUCUUAAGACAAUGCACCAACUUGGAAAAGCAAUGGGGGAAACUCCAGUGUCACAACACACAACAAAAGAAUCUCUGGAUUUGAUAUCAGGAUCAGAGAUACAAAGUGUGAAAUCAGAGGUGUUGACCACAGAGCCACAGUCCCAUAUGAGGUUUGUUCAUUGCAAUCUAGGGCCAUGUUCAGAAAUUACUAAGUUGUCAGAGGCACCCUCCAUGUCAGAAUAUAAAGACACAGAAACUGUGGGGUUGGCAUUGCCUCAAGUUGGUAAGACCUGGGGAGUUAUCCCAGUACCACCAGAUUCAGAAACAGGAGUUCUGGAGUUGACUCCAGGACCAGGCAUGCAAUAUGAGAAAUCAGAGCCACUAACUGCAAAACUUGAAAUCUGUGGAGUUAACCAGUGAGUCAUCUCCAUUAGUGAUAGUAUCUAAAAAGUU